AGCUAUAAAAACAUUAAUAAAACGCCUGGGCCAUUUUUCCGCAACUAUGAUCACACCUUCAGUGACUUUUCUGAAUUUUAAACUAAGCUUAGCUGCACUAACAAGACAUUUUACCGCGUGGUACUAUUCGUGACUUAUAAGCAAAUGAAUUAAACUAUUAUUUACGUCUGAAGAUCCUAAUUGUGUAUUCAUCAGAUUUAGUGUGGAAACCUUCCGAAACUGAAACACAAUGGAAUUUGAAGAUUUACUGCUAGAUGUCGGAGAUUACGGGAAAUACCAAAAGCAUUUGAUUUUAAUUUUCUUAGUCCCUGCAGCUUCCUUACUUCCAUGGUUUACCAUGGACAUUAUGUUCAUGGUAUCAGUCCCUGAUCACUGGUGUUAUGUUCCAGAAUAGUUAGUCUAAUUUAAGCAUUUCUGCUCAAAGAUCUCUAAUUAGUCCUCCGGGCGAUCCAUGUUGUCUUAUGUAUGAUAUAAAUUACACGGACUUUUUGUCUAAUGGAAUCUACACUGUGCCUAAUGAUACAGCUACAAAACCAUGUAUUCAAGGUUGGCAAUAUGAUAAAACCGACUACGAAUCAACAGUUGCUACAGAGUGGGAUCUAGUAUGCGGUGAUUAUCAUUAUACAAAAUUCAUCCAAACAAUGUUUAGUGUGGGAAGCAUUCUUGGAACCCCAAUGUAUGGAGCUUUAUCUGAUAGGAUUGGUCGGAAAAUUACUUUUUUCAUAACUAUUAUCGUAACAGCUGUGUCUGCCAUAGGUUCUGUUUUGAUGAAACACUUCACAGCCUUCAUAGUCCUUAAAACUAUUAAUGGAAGCCUCAUGCCUUCUGUGUAUCAGCUACCAUAUAUAAUAGUUUUGGAAAUUGUGGCACCCGAGGUGAGAACUCAAAUGAAUGGCAUCACAAAUAUUGCGUGGACAGUAGGUCUUUGUUUUUUGCCUUUAAUCGCUUAUUUAGCCCGAAGCUGGGUUACGCUAGGACUUAUCACUUCAUCAGUAACUCUCGUGUAUUUAUUUUAUUGGAAAAUGCUUCCAGAAUCUCCUCGUUGGCUCGUCUCCCAGGGAAAAUAUGAUGAAGCACUAGUGAUCAUGACAAAAGUUGCGGAAAAAAACGGAAAACCCCAUGAUCCAAAAGUUCUUUCACAGAAAAUAGAGAAAUUAGGAGAGAAAUUGAAAGCAGACAAAACUGUGCAAGAAUCCUCGUCUUUAGAUCUUCUCAAAUAUCCCCAGCUACGCAAAACAUUUUUAAUCAUAACUUUAUGUUGGAUAGCGGAUACAUGCACUUAUUAUGGUCUACAAAUAAAUGUCUACAAUUUAGCAGGCAACGAAUUUGUCAACUUUUUUUUCAUGGCUUUGGCUGAAGUUCCUGGUUACUUAGCCAGCUGGUACGUCAUGGACGUCUGGGAAGGCGAUGGUGUGCAGUUGGCGCUUUUUGUUUGACUGGAAUCGUCUGCAUGUUGCCUGGUAUAGAUAUGCCCUACGCUGAUAUUGUAUGUUCAGUGAUUGGUAAAUUCUCCGGAGCGGCUGCUUUCAUGGUAACAUAUCAGCAAAGUUCUGAACUCUAUCCAACAGUUGUGCGAUCCUUGGGAAUGGGAAUGAGUUCC